AUUCCAUUUCCAGUCAAGUUUUCUUUUAAGCCCAUUAAAGAAACUUGAGAGCUAAUGGCUUCUUCCGGUUCCAAUACUGCUCAACAAGGCCUCCUCUUGGUAGCAGUAGCUGCCUCUCUUUUGGCAGUCACUCAGGCUGCAACCGUGGUGGUUGGAGGCACUGAUCACUGGCGCUAUGGUUACAACUAUACGGAGUGGGCAGCCAACACUGCACCAUUCUACUUUGAGGACACCCUAGUGUUCAAGUAUAAGAAUACUCAAGCUCACAGCGUUUACUUGCUGCCAAACUUGGGGGAGUCUGCGAUUUCAGUAAAGCAAAGCUUUUGGGUAAUCCAAGUGAAGGGCAAGGUGGUGGCCUCACAUUUGAGUUGA